AACAUUAUUGAAGAUUAUAUUUUCAAAUUUCAAUACCGCAGCCAUCUUGAGAAGGAAGGAUGGAAGGAACACACAAAUCAAAACAUUUGUAGUUUCAAGACUAAGUUUUGGAUCAUUCUUACAAUAAAUAUUCCGCGUUUCGUUAGUACUUAGUUAUUGACAAUCAUAAUUUAUUGUGUGAAUGGUCAACAAUAUCAGUGGCUAUCAGUACAAAUGUGAAGCCAAGAAACACAAAAUAAUACUUAAACAAGCAAUGUUAACCAUGGGGUCAGCUGGUGAUUGGUGUACUGUUGAAAGUGAUCCAGGUGUCUUCACUUUGUUAAUUCAGAAGUUUGGGGUAAAAGGAGUACAGGUUGAAGAACUCUGGAGUAUAAAUGAUUGCAUCUUUGAAAAUUUAAGACCAGUCCAUGGGCUUAUCUUUCUCUUCAAAUAUGUGCAGCAUGAGGAACCAUCUAACCCAGUUGUUACUGACAACCGUCUUGAAAACAUAUACUUUGCCAAACAGGUUAUUAAUAAUGCUUGUGCAUCACAGGCAGUAAUAAAUAUGUUGUUGAAUUGCAACCAUCCAGAUGUAUAUUUGGGACCUGAGUUGACGAAAUUUAAAGAAUUCACUAUGUCUUUUGACCCCUACAUGCGCGGCCUUACUCUGAGUAAUUCUCAAACAAUAAGAGCUGCACAUAACUCAAUGUCCAGACCAUGUCUAUUUGAAUUUGAUGCUAAAACGCCGAGUAAGGAGGAAGAUGCAUACCACUUUAUUAGUUACAUGCCUAUUAACGGUCGAGUGUAUGAGUUGGAUGGUCUUCGUGAGGGGCCAAUUGAUCAUGGGCCAGUAAACCCAGGGCAAGACUGGUUAGAUAUAGUUUGCCCUAUCAUCUGCACUAAAGUUAAUACAUAUUUGGACAACGAAAUCAAUUUCAGUUUAAUGGCGCUAAUAUCUAAUAGAAAAAUGGUAUACGAACGGAAGAUAUACUAUCUAACUGAAGAUACGCGUAGAAUGCAGACCGACGAGGCGGAGCAGGAGAUCCGUAACCUGCAGAUGUUGAUAGAGCUAGAGGACACAAAGAUGAUGACGUACCAGCAAGAGCUGGCGCGUAGGACGCACAACUACCUGCCGUUCAUCAUCACUCUGCUGCAGAUACUGGCAGAAGCGAAGAAGCUGAUGCCUAUGUACGAGAAAGCGAAGGAGCGAGCUCUGAAGAGGGACAGAAACCUACAAGCAUAACAGGAAGAUACGGGGGGGCGUAAGGCGGACCCACAACGUCCGCCGCGCACUUCUCGCUCGCCGCGCACCCCGCGCACCCCGCGCACUCCGCGCACCCCACGUACCCCGCGCACCCCUCGCGUCCCGCGCCCCGCACAGCCUACCCCCAGCCGCGCGUCCCCCAGUAGCCCCUCGCGCGUGCUACCGCCCUCCGAGCAAAUGCAGUACUCGCUGGGGGACUUGGACGCCAUAUUCACGGAGAACGAGACGCCAGCGCCGACUGAGCAGCAAGCGGCGGAACCGACCGACGCGAGCGCCCUCGCCGCUGACGAUUUCUGGAAGGAUGUAGUGUUAGAGCCGGGCCUGGACACUGAUCUCGAUCUUCAGGAUAUAUUCAACGAGGAGUUGCCGGGGUCCGAUGUGGUGUUCGAGCCGGACGACUUUUUUGUUAACAGUCUAGUGCGUGACGAUCCCGAGCCUGAAAACCAACCGAAACGUGAAAACGAGUAAAGUUAAAGCUUAAAGUGACAAUUUUACUGCACCCGUGCAAAUUGACGUUAUGCAGGACUACAGAAGGCAAUGUACACUGUACAGUCAGUAUAAUUUAUAUAUAUUAAAUUGGCCGGUUAACUUGUGGCAGUUGUUACGGUAGCUGCAAUAGUGAUCUUUCUGCUUUCACUGUGAUGUGUUUUCAGUACUUACCUACGGCUCGUUCGACUUCGCGAGCGGAAAUUCUUGUUAUACACUAUUAUUGGUUCAAUAUCAAAGAUAAAUGUUUGGGUAUAUCUGGAAGAGCGGGAAUCGUAGCCUUCUCGGGGUAUACAUGACAUUUUUUAACUAUUUAAAUGGGCUUUUAAAUUUUCUUAAUCUUAAUAGUAAAUAAAUUUUAAACUUGCUUAAUGAAUUCAACCUAUCUUCGAUUAUAAACUAUAUUUUAAAAGAUUUUAUCAUUACCAUACCCUUUUUGGUAUCAUUUAUAAAUGUUUCUUUUUGUUCUCUUGUCAAACCUUGUUAUCAUUUUAAAACUUUUUAUAUUAUGUGGUUAAAUUAUAUUAUUUUAAAAAACCAUAGGAUGUUAUAUUUUUUUUUUAAAUAUUAAACUGGCAUAAAGCAUUCAACCUAUCUACAAUUUAGUAAUAUAAUCUUCUAUUUCAAACUCUUUUAUAUUUUAAAAGAUUUUUAAGAUUACCAUUUUGGUAUCAUUUAUUAUUUUUUCUUUUUGUUCUUUUGUCAAACUAUGGGUUUCUUUUUAAAACCUUUUAAUAAAAUAUAUACAUUGUAAUUAUUGAACUUCAGCUGAUGACUCCUUUACAGAUUUAUUCAUAAACGCUGGUAACAAAACUGACUACUAUAAUAUAAAAUGCAGUUUUAAGAUGUAUAUGUAUGUAAUUGAAAAUCAGGCCAUGGACCACGGUUCAAAUUAAUAAGUUAUAUUAAAUAUAAUAUAUAAAUUUAAUAUAAGAUUGAGAGCAGCUUUUAUAGUAACAUUUGUAACAAGGGAUAAGAAACAUUUUAUAAAAAUGAUUGUAUUGUGUAUAUUUUACAUAAUAUAAUGUGUAUAAGUUAUUUGCAUGAGUAUUAUAAAAUACUAAGGGCCAGUUUCGUCACUUUCUGUGGAACUGGGCUCAAAUGUUGAAAUAAAUUAACUGUUGAAGUAAAUAAACAAAUAUUGAAAUAAAGUAACUGAAUGUAACUAAGUUUUAACAAUAAAUCAUUUUAUGUAUCUGCAUGUUUAAAUAAUAAAAAAAUAGAAAUGUUAUAUGUACCUAAUACAUAAUAUGUUAGUAUAUUUACGCACAUAUAACAAUUUUACUUUUUAUUUAUAUAAUGUAAAAUAUAUUUUAUAUAAAAUGUAAAUGUAGAAUUGUACGUUUCUAGGUAAAUUGUCGUUUGUAGUGUAGUAAUAAUUAUAGUAUUUCACAUUGCUAUUGUAUCCUGAAAACUCAUCUUACUAAUUUUCUUCUAAAGGUAUUAAAAAUAAACCGGCCAAGUGCGUGUCGGGCCACGCGCAGAGUAGGAUUCCGUAGAUUAAGUUAGCAUUUUAAUCCUCUAUGUAAUGCACAUAAAUACCGAUUACCAUACCCAUACAUAAAUUUUUUUUUUAUUUAAUUUAAAAUUUAAUUUUUAUCCCAUUUUAUAGACGAUAAUAUUAAUUACACAUACCCAUACUAAAUUUUAUCUUUCUAGUUUUAACAAACUCUGAGUUAUCUUACUGACAACUCUAUCUUUUUAAUUAUUUAAUUAACAACGGAAUUAGUAUGUAAUUUUCGAUUACCAACUACGUUUUUCAAGUUGUUUAGGUACAUCAUCUUUUGUAAAUUCUAUUAUAAUUGUGCAUAUAUACUUUUUGAUAAGUCGUAUGAUAAUGGUCGUAUAGAUAUAUAAUCUUAAUUCUAAAACAGGCUGACUUUCAGCUUUUCUGCGAAGUUAGUAAGAUGAUUUUUUGCGCAAACGACGAUGAUAUUCAAGCUAAUUUCAUAAUUAACUUUCAUACUAAACGCCCGCGACUUCGUCCGCGUGAAAUUUGCUGUAACUUUAAUUAAACCCCUGUUUCACCCCCCUGUGGCUGUCUAUUGUAAUUUAUUACAGCCUUGAUGUAGUAUAAAUAUAGAAUAAAUAUACAAACAAAUACAUAAAUAAAUACUAAACUCUAUAAAAGGAAUAUGCAUUUUACUAAAUCUAAAAUGUAUUUUAAUACGCUUAAUAAAUUCAACUUUAAACAUUUAAUUAUCAAAUUUAUUCCAAUUUCUUAGUCUACUUUUCAUUGUAAAUAGACAAGGACUUGAAAACAAAUAAAGUAAAACUAAUUGUAUACCCCGGUAGAAUUUCCAAUGUUAUAAUUCCAUGAUAAAGUUGUGGUAGUUAAUUAUUAAAAUUUUUAAAUAAAGCAUAACUAGCUAAUAUAUCUAGGUUAAUAGAUAUUACAAAUAGGACUGAUUUCGGCAUUUUUAUUUUUAGUUUUUUACACACUUAUACUCUUAUUAGCUUCACUUGUAACUAUGUAUGUACGAAAAUCGAAUCUUGGAAUCUUAAUUUGGCCCACUUCCCGGUCUUCGAUUAGUAUGAAAUUUUGCACACGCUCUGAGUUCUGAUGAGAAUACAUGACUAGCUAAGAAACGUCAACAUUAAAGUUAUUAACACUUACAGUACCGCUAACAAGGCAAGAUAAAAUUCCGACAAGGCAAGAAAAAAAGUAACCGUUAUUGAGAUUCACUCUAAAUGGUACGAGAUCCGUUAUUAGAAAUAUAUACCCUCAUCUGUUAUUUAAUUGUGAUUAGAAAAAAAAUUGUAGAUAAUAUCUGCGGGCACGGCAGUGCCCCCGCCAAGUCGAGCAAUUUACUUUUACUCAUUGCACAUAGGAGUGCCUAGUUAAAUUGUGCCCAAACAAUGAGAUCUGUUAUUUAAAAAAAAAAAACGUUCCCUAGGUAACAGAAUAUACCAAACAGAACUGAAAACGCAUACAUUUUCUGCUCUCAAGAUGGCCCAACUGUGGGGUUGCCUAGAUUUUGUAUUUGUAUUUAUUGAAUAGUACAUACCACUAUUCAUUUUGAAUGCAAUGAAAUGCACUGAGAAAGCUGAAUUUUGAAUAUGACUUGAGAGCAUAAAGAAGCUUAACUUCAAAUUCUGGACCAAGAUUUCUUAUGUACACUUCCCGCUAUCUUGAAAAAAGUUUUAAAUCCAGUUUUUUUUCCCAAUAACUCUUUUCCGCUGAGAUGAAAAUAUUGAUGCAACACUAUUUUGUUGUUCUUUGUACGCGCUACAAUAAUAAUUAAGGUCUCUUACAUUUUUUACCUAUCGUUAAAGUUAUUGAUCAAAAAAAAACAAAAAACAUGGUAAGAGAUUCGUUAUUAGAAAUGUAUACCCUCAUCUGUUAUUUUAAAGUGAUUAGUUAGAAAUAAAUGAUAGAUAAUAUUCACCUUGACUCAUAGCACUAGGUUGCCUAGUUUUUUUGCAGCCAAACAAUAAAAAAUAUUAAUUUUUUUAACUGAAAGUUUUUGGUCAACUCGGUCGUGAUUUGCAUGACUAACACACGAUCAGUUUUAUCAGAUGUCUUGCUGUUAGCGCUGCAGGCACGUGGACUUGUUGGAUGGUGAGUAGCUAGCAUGAGUCGGAAGUGGUUUUCAUAGUUUAUGUAUGUGUGUAUAAUGCAGAAGAUAUCAACUUUACUUGAUUUAACAAAUUGUACAAAGUUAAUAUUUUUCGACUGGCUUUCUUAGUCGUACUACGAGUAUAAGAUAUUUCAUCAAAAUUGUAGUUUGCCGAUUUUAAAUAGAGUGCAAUGGCAUACCUGCAUGCUAAAUAUAAGUUUGAAACUUUAAUCGUUUUAGUACUAAUAAAAAUGUAGAAAAACCUA